GCCGCGGCCGUGAGCGGCGGCGGCGGAGGGAAGGGAAGAUGGCGGCGCCGGUUCGAGCCGUCACCCGGGCGACGCGACGGCCCCGGCGCCUGCAGCCCUGAGGGCCCGGCGCUCCCCCGUCCUCCCCCAGCUGCGGCGGGAGGUGGCCGGCGGCAGCUUUGAAGUGGAAUGCCAUGGCCAGUUCCUCGGACAGUGAAGAUGAUGGUUUCAUGGCCGUGGAUCCAGAAGACGCUGUGGUCGAAGGGACAAUGGAGCAAGACGAUGAGCCACAUGCUGAGCUGGAGGUCGAGGAGACCAGGCAUAACAGAUCAAUGUUAGAGCUCCCAGAAGAGGUUUUGGAAUAUAUCCUCUCCUUCCUUUCACCCUACCAGGAGCACAAAACUGCUGCCCUUGUCUGCAAACAGUGGUAUCGACUAAUCAAAGGUGUGGCCCAUCAGUGUUAUCACGGCUUUAUCAAAGCAGUGCAAGAAGGAAAUAUUCAGUGGGAGAGUCGCACUUACCCCUACCCUGGCACCCCCAUCACGCAACGCUUCUCACACAGUGCGUGUUACUAUGACGCUAACCAGUCGAUGUACGUGUUUGGUGGCUGCACGCAGAGCAGUUGUAACGCCGCCUUCAACGACCUCUGGAGACUUGACCUGAACAGCAAGGAGUGGAUCCGGCCCCUGGCAUCAGGUUCAUACCCCUCGCCCAAGGCUGGGGCCACGCUGGUGGUCUACAAGGACUUGCUUGUGCUUUUUGGUGGGUGGACUCGACCAAGCCCUUACCCUCUGCACCAGCCAGAGAGGUUCUUUGAUGAAAUCCAUACAUAUUCGCCCUCCAAAAACUGGUGGAACUGCAUCGUGACCACCCACGGCCCCCCUCCCAUGGCAGGACACUCCUCCUGUGUCAUCAAAGACAAAAUGAUCGUCUUUGGGGGUUCUCUAGGAUCUCGACAAAUGAGCAAUGAUGUCUGGGUGCUGGAUCUCGAGCAGUGGGCUUGGUCCAAGCCCAACAUCUCCGGGCCCAGCCCUCACCCGCGAGGUGGCCAGUCUCAGAUUGUAAUAGACAACGAAACCAUUUUAAUCCUCGGUGGCUGUGGUGGUCCCAAUGCACUGUUUAAAGACGCCUGGUUACUGCACAUGCACGCAAACCCCUGGACGUGGCAACCGCUCAAGGUGGAGAACGAAGACCACGGAGCCCCAGAGCUGUGGUGCCAUCCUGCCUGCAGGGUGGGACAGUGCGUUGUGGUCUUUAGCCAAGCUCCCAGUGGCCGAGCCCCGCUGAGUCCCAGUUUGAACUCUCGCCCCUCUCCCAUCAGCGCCACGCCGCCCGCCCUGGUCCCCGAAACACGGGAGUACCGCUCUCAGUCGCCCGUCAGGAACACGGACGAAGCUCCCUGCGUCAACGGCCGCUGGGGCACCUUGCGACCCAGAGCACAGAGGCAAACCCCCUCGGGAUCCCGGGAAGGCAGCCUCUCCCCGGCCAGAGGGGACAGUUCCCCUGUACUCAACGGUGGGAGUUUAUCGCCCGGAGCCACGGCGGCCGGCGGUGCCUCCUUGGACAGCCCCGUGCAGGUCGUAUCGCCCGGCACGCCUUCCGCGGCCGAAGGCUUCGACCUAAAAGUGGGGCUCGCCCUGGCACCCCGACGGGGAUCUCUGCCCGAGCAGAAAGACCUGCGUUUGGGAUCCGUCGACCUGAGCUGGGAGCAGAAACCGGCUUCCAUCAUCUGCCAGAUGGACAGCGUGGAGGGCAGGACUGUCGGCGCGAGCCUGAGGAACCCCCCCGAGCAGACCAACGGCAUCCACACGCCGCCCCACGUCGCCAGCUCCCUCCCCGGGGCCGUCUCCCCCGGCGCGCUCCGGAGGAGCUUGGAGGCUGUCAAAGCCCUUUCUUCCAAAGGCUCCUCGGCUUCUGCGGCACUGAGCCCUCCCCUGGCCUCUUCCCCGGGCUCCCCGGGCGCCGAGACGGGCUCCACAGCGCGUCCGGGCUCUACCCAGAGCGAGGGCCACUCCUUACCUCCCAUCGCCCGCCGCCUGGGCCACCACCCUCCCCAGUCCCUCAACGUGGGGAAGCCUUUAUACCAGAGCAUGAACUGCAAACCCAUGCAGAUGUACGUGCUGGACAUUAAAGACACCAAGGAAAAAGGGCGAGUCAAAUGGAAAGUGUUCAACAGCAGUUCGGUGGUGGGGCCGCCUGAAACCAGUUUACACACGGUGGUGCAAGGCAGAGGAGAGUUAAUAAUAUUCGGUGGCCUCAUGGACAAGAAACAAAACGUGAAAUACUAUCCCAAAACAAAUGCCUUGUACUUUGUGCGAGCAAAAAGAUAAUGCGGCCCGAGCCCUUCACCGCCAUCACCUUUUCCCCUCCCUCCCCACGGCUCUUCCCUCUCCUUCCCAAGCCCUUCCUCUGUCACACAGGCGUUCAAACUGUGAAUUAGGGAGCAAGAAACCAAUAAAGUCCAAGCAAAACCUCCAGCGCUGCCCCGCCGGUUCCCAGUAAGAGCCCAGUUAAGCAAAUGGUGUUUACAGGCGGGGAAGGACCCACACCGCUGUGAUCCAAGCCAAGGAUUUGGGGUGAGCAGGUAGGGAAAUCUGCCAUCCACUGUCCUCUUGAGGUUGGGUUGUUUUUUUUUUUUGCCAGGGGUUUGAGAGUCUUCCUAUGUCUCCGAAACUCCUUGCGGGAUGUGAGUGCAGGUGGUUUUAUACAAACAACCCAAAUACCGGCAGGCAGGAGGCUGUUAGCUUGUGCGCACUGAUUAUUUCCAUGCUUGACUCCGUAAGGAAAACAACAGCAAUACCCCACCAGGAAUCUCCCGGUGCUGCAAACUUUUGCUCUACCCAAACACGAUGCCUUUUUUUUUUUUUUUUUUUUUUUUUUGCCUCUCACCCCUUUGGCCUGCCAGUCUCAUUCCUGUCCUUCAUCCAGGACCGUGAGAAGGAAGGACAGACAGGUUUUUUGUAUCAAAAUGCCAAAAAUCUUAAGAAUUAGCCAGCUGUUAGCAUCCUCCCCUCCCUGCACUGUGCUGGAUCAAGCUUCAGGAUCAGCCCUGAUCCCUCCUGAUCAGCAAAAAAAACCUCUAAAAAUCCCAUUAUUCCCCCACCACCCAGAAAUGUGGCUGCCACUUCCCUUCUAGACGCGAAGGUUUUGUUUCAACAGCCCCAACCCACUCAAGGCUGAACCAGCACCUUGUAGCCUGGGAUCAGGAUGGUUUUUUCCAGACAAAAUGAUGAAUAUUGGUGAAUUUGAGGGGUGUGAGCAGCCCCGAUAGCAGCUCCUGCACCUCAUCUUUGCACGUGCCUCCUCCUGCAAAGAUUAAAACAAAUUAAAAUCCGAAGGGAUUGAACCUGUGCGUCCCUCUGGGACAACCUCCUCCCUUCCCUUUCCCCUCGAGGUGAUGCGGGGGGUGGGAAAAAUGGGUGGAUUCUGCCAGGUUUUGGUCAACGACCUCCAGCACCCAAAAAGGAGGGAACCCUCCCCAAACCGGCAGUGCCAUGACGUGGCCCCUCUUUUCCCCUCCCCCUGCUCCCCCCCUCUGUCCCCACUGAGCUUUUUGCCGGUUGGAGCCUUAAAUCACAUCCCAGCCGCGUGGAGAUGGGGAGGGUUUUGCUUCGUCUGCGGCUUUUCCACCUCUGUAAAUAAAUCCCUCGUUAAAUCCA